AUGUUAAUCGCAUUGAAUGAGAAGUUGGAUAAGCUGAUCUUAGCUCAGUCCACAAUGAAGAAAGUCAAUUUUGUGUCUGCUGAAGAGAUGGAACCAGUCCAAGAAGGGGAGGAUACACAAUUUGCUGAAGUAUGCUACAUGAGCAAUGGGCAAGGAGGUUACAACAAAGGAUACUAUAAUUACAAGUCCAACCCAGCCAUGUCAUACCGAAACACUGAUGUUGCUAACCCUCAGGACCAGGUCUAUCCUCAACAACAGCAAGCUCGAUCGAGUCAAGCCCCACAACAUGGGUAUGGUCCAAAAGAACAACUACCAAGGACCCCAAGGGACUUUUCCUGGUCAGCAAAUGCACAUACCACCUGGCUUUCCCCACCAACCACCCCAGCCUGCACCUACGCAGAGAAUGAGCUCAAAGCUAUGCUGAAACAAUUGCUUCAAGGGCAAGCUGAUGGUGUAGUGGACACAAGCAAGAAGUUAGCUGAAAUCAACUCCAAGAUUGAGAAUCUCAACACAAGAGUUUACUCUCUGGAGAAUCAUGCUUCUUCUGUUGCUGCUGCUACAAAGCAAGGACAACUACCUGGUAAAGCUGUUCAGAACCCCAAGGAACAGUGCAAGGUCAUCUUCAUUCAAGAAGGUCUUGAUGAAGAAGAGGAUCAAGAGAGAGUCAUGGAAGAGUUUGUUUGCUGCUGA